AUGUGUGUAUUUCAGUCUCGCAAGCAGACAAGAUUACUGCAGAGAAGCCAGGGGACGGCAAAAAUUCCAGUGAGACUGCUUCAUGGACUUGAACACUGCCACAACUGUGGGAUAUUGCACCGUGAUAUAAAGGGUUCAAAUCUUCAGAUUGACUCUAAUGGCAAUCUCAAGAUUGCUGAUUUUGGACUGGGAACCUUUUUCUCUUCACCUCAGAAGCAGCCUCUUACAUGUCGGGUGGUUACUUUGUGGUACAGACCUCCAGAGUUUUUGCUUGGGGGCACAGACUAUGGAGUUACUAUGGAUCUAUGA